CCUCCCCCACCCAACAAAAGAACAUAGCAUUAUUCUCAUUUACAAAUUAUUCAACACUGCAUUUUGCCCACUUCCUUUCCAUUUAUAACUCAUUCCAGUAACUAUCAAUGGAGAUAGUGAGCAAGGCGAAGGACUAUGUGACCGAAAAGGUGGCGGAAAUGAGGAAGCCAGAAGCCAGCAUUAAGGGUGUUAACAUAAAUCAUGUCAGACGUGACGGUGUCGAGUACGGAGCUAAAGUCGCCGUCAGCAACCCCUACAGCCAAUCCAUCCCCAUUUGUGAGAUAUCUUUUGUUUUUAAAAGUGAUGGCAGAGAGAUUGCACGAGGGACGAUACCAGACCCUGGGUCAUUGAAGGGGAACGAUACGACGAUGCUGGACGUGCCGCUGAAGGUACCGCAUAGUGUACUGGUGAGCUUGGUGAAAGACAUUUGCAGAGACUGGGACAUUGACUAUGAACUCGACUUGGGACUCAUCAUUGAUCUUCCGGUCUUCGGAAACAUCACGAUACCGGUUAAUCAGAAAGGCGAGAUCAAGCUUCCCACUCUCAAAGACUUCUUUUGAUUUUUUCAGCAAUCGUGUCAUGUUUAUGUCCCUCUUUUAUGUGUUCAUAUAUGUUUUUAAUUUGUCUGUCAUUAUAUUAUGUUUUUCUUUUUAUAAUUCAGUGAACCUUUUCUGAUAGUUACAUUUUAUUAUAAUAAUAGUUAAGUUUAUAGUAUAA